AUGUUCUCAUCUAUAACUCCUCACUCCUAUCCGGCUGGCUCUCGUAUCACGCUGCGUCUUACAGAUGGAACAUCAUUAUCUCUACAAGUCAAUAAGCCUUUCCUCCCAUUCACCAAAUCUCAAGUCUACCUCGUCAGCCCCUCUGAACCUAGUACUCACAAUCUCCCUUCCCAAAUAAUCCUCAAAAUAUUCGAUCCCCAGACUGUCGACGACCGCUUUCCGCCCCUUCAAACAACGCUAUCCGCCCACCCGUGGACACUUGAUGCCGAAGCUGCCGCAGUGCAGUAUCGCGAGGACGUAGCGAAAGGAAAACGUCCAGAUGACUUUACGAUGGACCUUUUAUAUGGAGAAGAAGAGGCGGAGGCGUAUCUCUGGGAAGAACAUUUUUAUCGUCUGUUGAAAGAAUCGUAUGAGUCUGAGGUGGGCGCUCUUGCUCGGUUGGAGUCGUUGCAGGGAACGGUGGUUCCCAAGGUCUUUGCUACGGGGAACAUCGUACCCCCGCCCAACACGCGCGCCAUCCAACCGCUUGGUGUACUCAUAGAAUAUGUUCCCGGUAUACCGUUAUCCGACGUCAAGCCGGGUAGUGGUGUGAACAUCCCCUUUGAGAUUGUGUGUCCCCUGAUUGAUGCUGUGAAGAAAUUUAAGGAGAUAGAUUUGAGGCUGUCUAGAGGGAUCGCUUACAAUUAA